AUGUUUCAACGCGCUUUUCUCGUUUCUAUCUCACUUUACCUUGCCGCUCAGGCACAGCAGGUUGGCACCUCUACAGAGGAAGUGCACCCUGCCCUGACCUGGCAGAAAUGUACCGCUGCUGGUAGCUGCUCAGCGGUUAGUGGAAAAGUCGUCGUCGAUGCAAAUUGGCGUUGGGUUCACUCCGUCGGUGGCUAUACCAAUUGUUAUACCGGGAAUACCUGGGAUGCUACUCUGUGCCCAAACGACACGACUUGCGCUGCAAACUGCGCUUUGGAUGGCGCAAAUUACGAAGGGACCUAUGGUGUUACCUCUUCGGGAAGCUCCUUGAAGCUUGAUUUUGUCACACAAUCAUCGAACAAAAAUAUCGGCUCUCGACUGUACCUCAUGGAAGAUGAUGACACCUACCAGUCCUUCCAGCUACUCGGUAAGGAGUUCACUUUCGAUGUCGACGUGUCAAACCUUCCCUGCGGACUGAAUGGUGCGCUUUACUUUGUUUCUAUGGAUCUUGAUGGUGGUAUGUCCAAGUAUUCAACCAACAAGGCUGGUGCCAAGUAUGGUACUGGCUACUGUGACUCUCAAUGCCCUCGUGAUUUGAAAUUUAUUAAUGGCCAGGCCAAUGUUGACGGUUGGGUACCCUCAUCAAACGACCCAAACGCUGGUGUUGGUAACCAUGGAUCUUGUUGUUCUGAGAUGGAUGUUUGGGAGGCGAACAGUAUCUCAAAUGCUGUCACUCCCCACCCGUGCUCCACCGUUGGUCAGUCCAUGUGCGAGUCUGAUAACUGCGGUGGCACCUACUCCUCUGAUCGCUACGGCGGUGAGUGCGACCCCGAUGGAUGCGAUUUUAACCCGUACAGGAUGGGAAACAAAACCUUCUACGGCUCUGGAUCCGGCUUUGUUGUCGAUACAUCCAAGGUAUUUACUGUUGUUACGCAGUUUAUUGAGAAUGGGGGCUCUCUCAGCUCCAUCAAGCGAUUCUACGUCCAGGGUGGCAAAGUUAUUUCUCAGUCAGAAUCAGACGUCUCCGGCGUCACUGGUAAUGAAAUUACGCAAGCCUUUUGUGAUGCUCAAAAAUCGGCUUUUGGUGACACGAACUCUUUCGAUCAAAAGGGCGGACUGAGCCAAAUGGGCAAGGCACUUGGAGGUGACAUGGUUCUUGUGAUGUCUCUCUGGGACGAUCACUCCGCCGACAUGCUCUGGCUCGAUAGCACUUACCCAACCAACGAGACUGCUAGUACCCCUGGUGCUGCCCGUGGUAGCUGUUCUACGAGCUCCGGCGUGCCAUCUGACGUGGAGUCAAACAACGCCAGCGCCUCGGUUACUUACUCCAACAUUAAAUUCGGACCUAUCAACUCGACAUUCACUGCCUCCUAG